CGCCGCUCCCGUGGUUCCCGCACUGAGGAAACGCCCGGAGCUGAGGCAGCAGCACCGCCUGCCACAGCCUGCUGCCCUGGCCCCCGCGGUGCUGCGAGCAGCCGGCCCCAUUUCCCUCUCACUAGUACUGACGAUUCAGUUUUUUAACAACAGUGAGGACCGAUGAGGUCUACGGCUGCGUCUUCGUACCCGAUCUGUUGUCAGCGUUGAGCUGUGCAACAGAUUUGCCAAAAAAACCCCCAGAUUUGCAAAUGCACGGCCCGGCGGCACGCAGGACCAGUGCCCAGCGUUGCCGUGCUCCUCUUCCUCGUCCGCCCUCCCCUGUCGCUGCGGCACCUUCCUCUCUAGCGACGGCCGCUGAGCGCACACUUGCCUUACAAGUGAUUCAGCACAAACAAACUGUGUGCUCAUGAGUUUUGAGGUUGGUUUUUGGUUGGGUUUGUUUUUUUUUUUUCCCCUAACCCCAAUAGCAGGCAUGAGUGUUGCUCCAAAAUACCAGCUGGCAAGGUGCGAGAUGCUGUCUGGCAGCCGAGUGCUCCCGCUCGUGCACGGGCUGCAUCGGCUGUGUGAAGCGUGAGAAAACCCUGCAUAAAACUCCGUCAAUCUUGGAAGCACUCUGUUUAUAUUCUCUUCAUGUUGUCUCAUUAGUGCAGAAACUUGCUUCUGCAUGAACGUUACCACCAAAAUAAUGGCCUAAUAUAAUUAAAGCUCCUGGCUCUUUCAGUUUGAUGGGUGAUAAAAAAAAAGGCCUCGUGUCUUCAUGAAUUCAAAGCUUGCGUGGUUGCACAGUCUCACUGAAUCUGUCUCCUCGCUCCCUUCAGAAACACCGCGGCGGUGGUCCACAAGGCUUUGGAUGCACGUCAACGAAGCGUUGGCCCCCGGCGGCACAUUCUGCAGGCUUCGUAACUGCUGUGCCAGCCCUGAUGUUUUAUGCAGCCCAGGCCCAGAAGAAACUUUGUAAGAGAGGUCUAAAGAAUUCAGAUGGAGUGACUGACCUCGAGCACAGUCGCUCUGAAGUUAUUGACAGCUCGUUCCCAUGAACGCUGCCAUGCAGACUUACCAAAUAUUUUCUUUCUUCAGAAAGUCAAUGGAGUGUUACCAAAUGUACUCAGCAUUCCACUGUUUGCAGUAAUUUUGCCAUGAUAUUCCCAGUGAAAUAUUACUGUUUAUGUCUGUGUAAUAAGAAUGGAAAGAAAAUACGCUUUCCUUAACAAGACAUGGAUGCAAAUCCUAUUUAGGAUGGGUUUCAUGUUUGCAGCAUGGGGAGGUUUGGCUCUGAUGAAAGUCAUGUGUGUAGUUAGUUGUUUUACGCACUGCGAGUCUCAGAUGACUGGAAUUAUGUUCUUCCAAUUUAACAAGGUUACCCAGUUAACGAGCGGAGAGAUGAGUCAGAGCACAACCCUAGAUCCCAGCUCUCAUGAAUUUAACACGUCAGGACAGUCUGAAUCUGCCCCUUCCACUCUGAAAAGACGAUCCUUACUGAACAGUACAUGCAAUUAAACUUUUUCGUUCUCUUCAAAUUUUGGAUGUUGGAAUCAGAGCAAACAAACCUUAUGAAUGUGACACCGGGCCGUUUAUUUGAGAAGCUGUUGAAUUUAGAUCUAGUUUUUACUGCUCUAGGACAAGAAGAUGCCGAGAGGGUGUAGGUUAUACUUCAGAGUCAGGCAGGGUUUUUUUUUACUGCACGGUAAUGGAAAGGUGCCUGAGGGAGCCUGGCAAUCACUGAAAUCUGUUUUGGUGGUCGUCUUAAUUAGCCACUAAAGGCGUGCAUGGUCUGUGCCAAAGGAAGGGGCCUCGCCUCAGCGAUCGGGGCAACGGGACGAGCUGCUAAAUCAGCAAGGACGGUUGUCAUCGCGGGUAUUCCAGAUGGCCUUCUGCACAAUGAUGUCAUGACUGACAUCCUGAUGAUUCAUUUCCAAAUGUCGAAGAAUAACGGGGGAGAUGUGGAAGAAGUAAUGUAUCCGACGAUGAAAAAAGGAGUUGCAUAUGUAACUUUUGAAGAUCGAGAAGUUGUAGAGAGUGUUCUAAAGAAGGAUGAACAUCGACUGGAAGACAGGAGGUUGUCUGGAUACUAUCCGCUGAAAGUAACCCGUUACUGUGAAAACGUCUUCAGCUCUGUCACAUCUGUCCUCAAUAUGUCUGUUUUCAAAGAUCAGUUUGUUUUAGAAGACCUGAUACAAGAAUUUAAAAAGAAGAGCACAGCUUUGAGCUUUGGUCCUUUGCAAUCCAAUGGGCAGAUCUCUGUCCAAGGGUCAUUUCCAGCAAUGAAAUUGCUAAGAGACUUUCUCUUACUAAAAGCACAAUCCCUUUCGGAGAAGGACGAAAGAGAAGAAAGUAAGUCCCGUCAGAGGCCGAGGAGGAGGCUACAGCAACACGGACUUACCCCGGAGACGAGCAAUUCUGUUCAUGCUGCAGAUGGGGAAAAACAAGUGGUCGUUCUUGACACAGAUACGUAUCGCUACAUGAAGCACUUUUUUCCCAGGACAUUCCCAGUAAAUGCUGAUGUUGUAAUUUCUGAGAUCACUGAUGGCGAUAUAACUACAGUAUCUAUUGAGAAUGCUGGAGGUAGGUCUGGUGCUGGACAGGUAUUAAGAGUCAAAGAGAAAAUUGAAGAUCAGUCUGUAAAGCUCCAUCACGCUUUACGUAAAGAAAGGAUCUACUUUGAAGAGCACGUCAGAGGUGGAACGUGGAGAUACAAAGGGGUGUGUGCAAGUCUACAAGCCCGUUACCCUCAUGUUUUGAUCAUUCCUUAUGAUACUCACAUUGAUGUUAUAGGAAAUUCUUCUGAGAUUUUUGAAUUUACAAAGGAGGUGAGCAAUAAGUUUCGGAGCCUGUUUCAAAGCAGGUAGAAAGUUCAUGGUUUUUACACGUUGUGCUGCUCAGACAGACCGCACCGGUGCAACCUGUGUGCCUCUGUGUCACUGCGGAUCUGUCACAUGCCUCCUGCUCACAGUCUGCACUUGAGGGUGGACAAGCCCAUUCCCCCCAAACACCAAAUUAAGUUCAGAACAGGAACCAAAUAAUCUGUCUCUCUCGUGAGCUUAGAGACCGAAGAAGUUAGGCUUCCUCUGUCCAGGGACAGCCGCCUUUUGCCUUUUGUUAGCUGCAUUCUGGGCACGUGCACUCUCAUUCUGUCUUGCUGUCAGGGAGCGUAUGAUGAGAAAAGAGAACUUUUUUAAAGCAUUCUCAUUAGCAUAACAAGUCAGACUGACAAAGCUGGGCGAGCCAACCUGAUACAAAAUACUGCAUUGACGUUUCUUUGUGCAAGGAGAUGACCACUGAAAACGGGAAUGGUGGCCUUUUACUGUUGCCUUUAUCUGCAGAAGGAAGUCCUCGUCACUGAGGUGCGUGAAGAAGGUAGAGCUUUGACCCUUGAGGGGAUGGAACGCUUACUACAUUUACAGGUUUACUAAAUUUACAUGUCCUGAGAAAGACCUUAGAAGAUGGCAUUGGAAGUUUUUGACAGUAGAAAAUAAGCGAGUUUGUUUUCAUAGGAGCUCUUUGGUUUUUUCUUUCAGCUGUAAUGGCAUAGAAUCAUAGAAUGGUUUGGGUUGGAAGGGACCCCUAAAGGUCCUCUAGUCCAACCCCCCUGCAGUGAGCAGGGACACCGCUAACUAGAUCAGGUUGCAUCUGCAGCAUCCCUUGCCAGCCUGUUAUUUAGACGUGAAAGUAUAUCCAAAGUUUUGAUAGGAAAAUGUCGGGGCAUUUAGACUUUGGAAUCAGCUUCUGUUUAUGCAAAUCCAUUUCUGUAUCCAUUACAAGGGUCCAAAUACCUAUCCUAAUUUAGGCUUUUUGUAAAACCAAUUCAGAAAAUAACUUUUAUUUUGUGCUAUCAGCGUGUUCAGAAGACUUUGUCAAAACUUACAGAGCACCAUCUCUUAUGUCUUACGUGCAGGAA